AUGUCGGACCCAAACCAGAAAGAAAUUAAUAAUCAUGAAUUAUCAGUCGGGAGACAACAACCUGGACCCAAUUUAGUAAGUUCUGAAAUCAUGCCAGAUCCUAGAACGGUCGAACCUUCUUUAGAGCAACAAUCAAUUGUUUUCCCUCUGAUGUACGGUCAUGACAAAUGGCCGUAUAAAGUUGAAAGUGCAUUUACAUCUGCUCUGAGAAUCAUAAUGAAAAAUGGAACCUCCAAAAUAAAGUUGCGAACCAGGAACUAUGGCAGAAAUGAACUCAUAUCUCUUUAUAUUCAAUAUCAUACGGGCGAGGUUAGAACAAAGAAACAAAUAUCAUCUCACAUUCAAGUAUGGAAAAAAACGAUUUUGAAUAAAAUGGCAAGUGAUAUAGCAUUGACCACCAUGGAUACGGAAAUUUUAAAUUUAAUUGAGAAUGGUGCUGAUCAAGAUGAACAAUCAGUUCAUGCAUUUUAUUCUACUUUUGAAGAAAUUAUAGAAGCACUCUCUCAAAAUAAUUCAGAACAAAUCCACAAUCAUCAAGAUGGUUCUCAUCCUGGGGAUCAAUUGCCCUACUACAAUAGUCAAUUUUACAACCGGAGCAAAUAUCAAUCAUACAAUACUGGGUAUGGUGGUGACAUGAUUUCUGAUCGAAUACAUUUACCUGGUAUUCCAGGUACUGUCAUUCCAAAUGGAACUGCAGACUUAAGAUCUGCCCCAAUGAUUACCAAUGUUGCACCUCAAGCUACCUAUCAACAAUUCACUUCUUAUGGGAACCCAACAGAAGUUAUGCCUUCCAAUCAAGAUCUGCCCAAUCACAUGCUACCAUUUGAGAAAACAAAGGGAUUUAUAUCAUCGCAAAAUGUAAACGACCCAAAUAAAAAUAAUGAUUAUAUUCGUAAACAAGAACACGAAUCCACAGACCUGCAUCAGGAGAGAAACAAUGCAAUAAAACUACCGCAAUUUCAACCCGAAUACUUUAGAUCUUCACCUUAUUCUCAACCACAAGUUCUACCUUUGCCAUCUUCAUCUCAAUCCGUUGUAAAUAAUGGCACUGGUAUUCAUGGACCUUUUGCAGAUGAUAAACAAUUGGGCUCUGGAAAUCCUCAAAAUCCAAUGAUUGUAACGCCAGCUUCUCAAAACUUUUAUCAACUUCCGCAAGGUUCAACGUUUUAUCAUCAUCCAUAUGGUCAAAUGGCAACCGUUCAACAACCCCAAAUAAUCAAUCAACCUCAAACUGAACAAUAUAACAGUUAUAAGGUUCCCACAUAUAAUGGUGCGAACACUGGAAUGUUCCGACCCAGUCAAAUCCAACAACCUUUAGUACCAGUUAACUCCAAUACUCCUGUGCUUCCGAAGUUUUUAGACAGACCAAUUGCAACUGAUCCUCAGGCGAAGAGAUCUAAUAGUAGCGCAUCAUAUCAAAAUGACAGUGUAAAUAAAAAUUUCAACGAAAAUAACAAUUCCAAUACAUUGAAUGAUACUACUAUGGAUCGAGCCAGCCAUUGA